AUGGCCGACCGAUUCCCUUCGCUUGAGGACUUCGAUUCCGGGGCGCAAACCGACAUCAAGGAUCCGACCGCUGAGCCAUCGACUGACGAUUUUCUCGCUCGUGAAAAGGCUCUCCUUGGAGACGACGCCGAACAGUUCACAACCAACAAUGACGCCGCUGCUUUCGCUGAUGCCGAUGAUGACCUUCUUGGUGGCGCCGGCGGAAACGAGCAAUCUACUUUCGAGUCUCAAUUUCCUGACCUGACCCAACCUGAAGCUGGCACUGGAGUUUCUGCUGGAACUGCCAUUACCGGAGGACCUUCCGUAAGCUACAACUCAGGAUACCAGGCCUCCUUUGAGGAGGAGCAGGAACCCGAGGUUAUCAAGGAGUGGCGUGAAAAGCGAGACAACCAGAUUGCCAAGCGCGCCGAACAAUUCGCUGCCCAGCGAGAAGAGACAAUUAAGGAGGCUCAGCAGAACAUCGAUGACUUCUACGACAACUACAACAACAAGAAGGAGAAGGGUAUCGCCCAAACACGAAAGGAAGCCGACGAGUUCCUGGAAAGCCGAGAGGACACUGUUUCUGGUGGCACCAGCUGGGACCGAAUUGCCAAGUUGGUGGAUGUGAGCGGCAAGGGAGCCAAGGGAGGUGCUUCUGGCUCGGGCAAGGAACGCUUCCGAGAGCUAUUGGUGAGCCUGCGAAAGGACGAAAAGGCGCCCGGCGCUACAGGCUACUAA